GGCGAGAGGAAGCUCCUCCUCGGCGCGCCGCGGCGCCGCAGACUUGACCCGGUUCCCUCCGAGAGUCUGCUCGGGCCCCGGAGAAGCAGGGGCCGCCUGGGCCCCCCGGGGAAUGGGCGGCCUGGUGACCUAGGCUCCCGGGGCAGGAAGGGCCCGGCGGCCUCGCUCGCUCAGGGGCGGACUCGGCCCCCGGCUCCCAGGACCCGGCGGGCGGCCUGAGCGCCCACGCCGCGGCCACCAUGGACGACGGGACCAUCUGCAGCGCCCUGCCCACCAUCCCCUACCGCAAGCUCGCAGACCUGCGCUACCUGAGCCGCGGCGCCUCGGGCACCGUGUCGUCCGCCCGCCACGCAGACUGGCGCGUUCAGGUGGCCGUGAAGCACCUGCACAUCCACACCCCGGUGCUCGACAGUGAAAGAAAUGAUGUUCUAAGGGAAGCUGAAAUUUUACACAAAGCCAGAUUUAGUUACAUUCUUCCAAUUUUGGGAAUUUGCAAUGAGCCUGAAUUUCUGGGAAUAGUUACUGAAUACAUGCCAAAUGGAUCAUUAAAUGAACUCCUACAUAGGAAAACUGAAUAUCCUGACGUUGCUUGGCCGUUGAGGUUUCGCAUCCUGCACGAAAUUGCACUUGGAGUAAAUUACCUACACAACAUGAAUCCUCCUUUACUUCAUCAUGACUUGAAGACUCAGAAUAUCUUAUUGGAUAAUGAAUUUCAUGUUAAGAUCGCAGAUUUUGGUUUAUCAAAAUGGCGCCUGAUGUCCCUCUCUCAAUCACGAAGUAGCAAAUCUGCCCCAGAAGGAGGGACAAUUAUAUACAUGCCACCCGAAAACUAUGAACCUGGACAAAAGUCAAGGGCCAGUGUCAAGCAUGAUAUCUACAGCUAUGCAGUUAUCAUGUGGGAAGUGUUAUCCAGAAAACAGCCUUUUGAAGAAGUCACCAAUCCUUUGCAGAUUAUGUAUAGUGUGUCACAAGGACAUCGACCUGACACCAGUGAAGAAAGUUUGCCAUUUGAUAUACCUCAUCGAACAACUAUGAUCUCUCUAAUAGAAAGUGGAUGGGCCCAAAAUCCAGACGAAAGACCAUCUUUCUUAAAAUGUUUAAUAGAACUUGAACCUGUUUUGAGAACAUUUGAAGAAAUAACUUUUCUUGAAGCUGUUAUUCAGCUAAAGAAAACAAAGUUACAGAGUGCUUCAAGUGCUCCUCACCCAUGUGAUAAGAAGAAAAUGGAAUUAUCUCUGAACAUACCUGUAACUCAUGAUCCACAAGAGGAAUCGUGUGGAUCCUCUCAGCUCCACAAACAUAGUGGUUCUCCUGGAACCUCCAGGUCCCUGUCAGCUCCUCAAGACAAUGACUUUCUACCUAGAAAAACUCAAGACCCUUUUUCUGUGAAGCUGCAUCACUGUCCAGUAAAUCACAGUUGGGAUAAUACCAUUUCUGCAUCACGAAAGGCGAUAUUCUGUGAUAAGACUCUUCCAUACUCCUUACCAGUAAUUAAUCUACUCACAGCUGAGGGAAAUCCAGAUUUGACUUGUUUAUUCUUGGCUGGCUUGUCAACAGAGCAUCCCCAGCCAGGUAUGGCCCAACAGUGGAUCCAGAGCAAAAGGGAAGACAUUGUGAGCCAAAUGACAGAAGCCUGCCUUAACCAGUCGCUAGACGCCCUUCUGUCCAGAGACUUGAUCAUGAAGGAGGACUAUGAACUUAUUAGUACCAAGCCUACAAGGACCUCAAAAGUCAGACAAUUACUGGACACCACUGACAUCCAAGGAGAAGAAUUUGCUAAAGUUAUAAUACAAAAGUUGAAAGAUAACAAACAGAUGGGUCUUCAGCCAUAUCCCGAAGUACUUGUGUCCUCUGGAUCACCCUCUUUAAAUUUACUUCAAAAUAAAAGCAUAUAAUUGAGUCUUUUACAAGAAAAAUGUUAGUUUAUAAAAGGAUAUUUAUAUCUAUGUUGCCUUGAUACUGUUUUUACAAAAUCUAUAUGAGAAUUAGAGGCUUUACUAAAGAUUCUGCUUUUAUCAAAUAUUAGUCUCCUUCCGUGACAUUGCAGUAUUUUUUUAAAUUAAUGUAAGUAAAAAGCUUGCAUUUGGCUACAUA